AUGGUGACUUUACAAAGUAUUGUUGCUAUUUUUAGCAUUUAUGUUUUUGAUGUGAUCCUACCCUGUGGAUCAGCACCGACAAAUUAUAGCACGACACCAACAACACCAACACCAACACCAGAUGUAGCAGAUAAUAAUACGUCGGAUGAAGGGAUUCAAGUGGCCGGGUUGGAUUUCGAAACGGUUAAAUCUCCGCUGGUAUAUACAGUUGUUGUUUUGUUAGCAGGGCUGAGUAAAAUCAUUUACCAUUAUGCAAAUUUCUUAUCAGCAAAGGUGCCAGAAUCAUGUAUGCUGAUCAUUUUGGGGACCAUAUUUGGGGCAAUAAUUCAUUUUUCAGGGGCAGCUGAGCACUUACCACUGUUUUUUGCACCUCAUGCUUUCUUCCUGUUUCUCUUACCUCCGAUUAUACUCGAGGCAGCAUACAGUCUUCAUGAUCCAACAUUCGCAGAAAACUUUGGGAGUGUUCUGCUGUUUGCUGUUGUCGGAACAGUUCUGGCAUGUUUCAUGUUGGGUCUCACUCUGUAUGGGUUGGCCAUCAGUGGUGCUAUGGGUGUGUUACCGAUGCCAAUGUCUCUAGUUCAGAUUCUUGUCUUCUCAUCGUUAAUAGUAGCAGUGGAUCCCGUUGCAGUUCUUGCCGUGUUUUCUGAAGUCGGAGUCAACCAUGUUUUAUAUUUUCUUUUAUUUGGAGAAUCAUUGCUCAAUGAUGGUGCUACUGUGGUCCUCUAUAAAGUGAUGCAGAAUUACAAUACAAUGCAGAACAUACACCUUGAACAUAUUGUUCUGGGUGUUGUUAAGUUCAUCGUCGUGUGUCUCGGUGGUUUUAUUCUCGGCGCGCUGGCAGGAGCUGGUACGGCAAUUCUCACACGGUUUACCAGCAAGGUUAAAGUACUACAACCACUUGUUAUAUACACGAUGGCAUAUCUCGGCUUUCUUCUUGCUGAACUCUUUGAAUUCUCGGGUAUUAUCAGUCUUAUUAGCUGUGGCGUAACUCAGGUGCACUAUGCCUUCCACAACAUCAGCAACCAUUCCCGUACGACUGUGAAAUAUUUCACUAGGACUAUGAGCUCUGCGUGUGAGGUAGUGAUUUUCAUGUUUCUCGGUCUGGCGUUGGUGAGGGAGGAUCAUGUGUGGCACACAGGAUUCGUACUGUGGACCGUGUUGUUCUGUCUUCUGUACAGGUUCAUCAUUGUGUUUGGGAUGACGUUCCUCAUCAACAAGCUGGAUGGUGACAGAGUGAGGAAGAUCGGACUUGAUGAACAGUUCAUGAUUUCAUACGGGGGCCUGCGAGGUGCGGUGUGUUUCUCGCUCGUGGCUCUUCUCAACGAAGGUGAGAUUCCCAUGAAGGGUAUGUUUGUGACGACCACGCUCUUCGUCAUCAUGUUCACAGUGUUUAUUCAGGGUAGUACUAUCAAGCCAUUGGUGAGAUGUUUCCAGGUUCAGCUGGCACCAGAGAAACACGUCAGCAUGUCCAGUGAACUCACCUCUCAUGUAAUUGAUCAUUUGAUGGCUGGUAUUGAAGACAUCAUUGGAUUUCACGGCAGGUAUCAUUUCAAGGAACUCUUGGAGCAGUUUGAAGAGAAGUAUGUUCUGCACUGGCUGCAGAAAGAUCCACAGAGGAGAGACACGGAGAUUAAAGCUUUCUAUGAGAAAGUCAUUCUCAAGUCAGUUGGUUUCAUCUUCAGUUUUAACUCACCAGGGCGGGCCGUAGCCCAAUGGUAA